CAAAUCUAAAAACUAAACAAGUUUGACCUGACCACAGUGAACACCUUUGUCUUUCAGUCUAUGGAACACCGGAAAAAAAACAAUAAACCUCACAUGUUUGGAAAAUGACAAGGACCCACCCCUUCUGAUGAGCUAUAAAAGGAGCACUGAAACAUGCAUGUGGUCUCAUUCAACUCCUGAUCAAAGAUGGAUCUUCAAAUCUCAGUUUUUCUUCUGUUCGCUCUUUUCGCCACAGGACACUCUCUCAGCUGUUAUCAGUGCACAAGUCUGUCAUCUUCUUGUGACCAGACGACAUGUACAUCUGGACUUAACAGCUGCUUCAGUGCAACAGUAAUUGAUGGCAACAGUACGAGAGUGAAGGUUAAAAGUUGUUCAAUAUCGCUUGGCUGUCCAACUGGAUCCGUCAACGUUGGCAUUGGAAGAAUCUCUUCUUACUGUUGUAGCACUGACCUGUGUAAUGCCCAAGAUGCUCCAGAUCCCAGCAAUAACACUUUCAGUGGAAUAUCGUGUUACUAUUGUGAUGGACAGAGCUGCUCAAACACAGUGAGAUGUUCAGAGAAUGAAAACCGCUGCAUUAAAGCGACAGGGAGUUUUGGCAGCCAGUCACAGGUUGUCAAAGGCUGUGUCUCAAAAUCGAUUUGCGAUGCCGCAAUCUCGAUUCCCAGUUUAGGUGGCGUCUCAUGCUGUGAGGGGAACCUGUGUAACAGUGCUCAGAGUGUCACUCAGAGCUUCCUGUUCCUCUGCUGUUCUCUGCUCUCCUUCAUCCUGCUGCACUGAAUCCAGCAGCUCUUCACAUUUUACAGUGAGACACAAUGUACUGAAUAUAUAGAUUGUAUUCUCUAUCAUUUUACUGUGGUAAAUAAAUUUAGGUAUUGAAAUGAAUUGCUUUCACUGAAUAUUUACUCAAUGCAUGAAUGCCUGUCAGAACAUGCCACUGAAUCCAUCUGUGAUGCCAAAUCCAAACAGAUUCCAGAUGUGACAUGUUAAAUUUAUAUCUUGCUAUAUUUUACUAGACAAAGCAUUGUCUGCAUGGUGAGUGUCAAACUGUAAAGAACUCAAAACAAUCUUUGCGAUUUGAUUUUUAACUUUGGAACUGUUGCUAAAUGUAAUAACUGUUAUUUAAAGUGCAAAACGGCAUUUAGCAUCAUUUAUCAGCAGGUGGCAGCAGUACAAAAGCUUUGCAUUUGCUGACAUCAAACACCUGGAGACUACAGCUCAAUGCAAUUUUACAGUUGUGGUGUAUCAUCGUUGUAUUGUGUAUACAUGUAUAAACAUUCAAUGCUUCAGAAGGAAAAACAAUGCAUUAAGAGGCAGGGGUGUAAACUUUUGAACAAUGAAGAUGUGUACAUUUUUCUUAUUUUGCCUAAAUAUCAUAAAUAUCUUUUUUUGCAUUUUCAGUACUGCCCUUCAGUAUCUACAGAAGAUACUUGCAUGUUUCUCAUAAGACAAAAGUUAAAUUCAAAGUUUUAACCCCCAGCUCUUAAUGCAUUGUGUUUCCUUCUGAAGCAUCAGUGAGCGUUUGAACCUUCUGUAACAGUUGCAUAUGAGUCCCUCAGUUGUCCUCCGUGUGAAAAGAUGGAUCUCAAAAUCAUACAGUCAUUGUUGGAAAGGGUUCAAAUACACUGAAAAAAAAAAAAAAAAAAAAAAAAAAAAAAUUUGGGACCUGAAGGAUUUUUCUGAAGAACAGCAGGCAGUUUAACUGUUCAGGACAAACAAGGGACUCAUAAACAACUAUCACUAAACAAAAAAAACACAGUUGUGGAUCAUUCAGGCAACAACACAGUAUUAAGAAUCAAGUGCAUGUAAACUUUUCAACGGGGUAAUUUUUAUAAAUUCAGCUAUUAUUUUCUCUUGUGGACUAUAUGUAAACGUCUUUUGUGAAAUAUUUUUUUUUGUGUCAGUAAUAAAUAAAACUACCAAAACUACCCCUCC